CGAUUAGGUCAACGCGCGGGUUCAAGAACAGGAUUGGCACAACAAAAUAGAGCUGAGCUGGAAAAAGUGAGUGAGCUGAGAGUCUGAGACUGCCAGUGAGUCUACAUUAGAAAAGCUAUUUUGAUUUCUUGUUGGUGACAUUACAUCAAGAUAAACAGGAAUUAAGCCAGUAUGUCUGUACAUCUAGCAGUAGUACCAGAUUCCCAGAACAAAGCCAAGGAUGAUAACCCUUAUGAAGAUUACAUGUGGAUGGGAGAGGAAGAGCUAGAGUUUGAACAAGAUGUUUUAGCUCAGCUGGAGGAAGAGGAGUUUUUGGAGUAUUGUUUCCAAGAUAUGAUGGAAGAAGAAGCUUUAGGUCUGUUCAUUCCACCACCCAUACCUUCCUCCUUGUCAUCGUCAUCAUCAUCUAGCAGUACAACAACCACUCUGCCAUCACUCCAGAACCUCACUAUCAGUAAUGCUAACGGUGAUGAGAAUGGUCACCAUGGUAAUGGUGAUGUGAUCCUGCUGCCUGCUAGUGAUGUUGGAGCCUCAGGAGAUGCUAACUAUGAGGCGGCAUGGCAAAGUUCUGAAGAUGAGGUCUCUGGAGACAAACAUGAUAACCUAACGGAUUCGGAUUCAUCAGAGGGCUGCCCCCAGAGAUAAGCAAGGGCCAAGAAACACCAACUCCUAACCGAGACCACGUGCAUUCCUGUCAUUCACAAAAAAAACAAAGACAUGUUGGUAACCAAAUAUAUGUGUAUAAAGUAUGAAUGUUUAUCUUUCGUUUAAAACCUCUGUUGGAGCUGUGAUAUAUUAUUAUUAUUCCAUGUUUAAACUUGACUGAUACAUGUACACACAUAUGCAUUGCGUGGUAUUAUUACCUUACCCUAACUGUGAGACCAAAUUUGGGCACUGGCAUGGGCCAGUUUUGUAUUCAUUGUAAUAAGAAUGAGACAAAACAGUAUUUUUUUUAAAAGAGUACUGAUUUUGUAUUUGAUUAUAUAUUAUAUAUUUUAAAGAUACUUUUCAUACCAAUGCAUUUGUGAUGUACAUUAUUGUUUGAAGCAACAUUUUAGAGUUGACUUUAAACAUGAACGAGGCUACAGAGUUGACAACUUUUUCAAAAUAAGUAUUUCCAUCACCAUUCUAAGACCGUUCAUAAGAUAUGAAUUUCAUCCUUCGUGACCAACGUUACACCACAUUACUUUCAAAAAGCCAUCAGACCCUGAAAGUAUCAUUCAGCGUCGUCAUACGUAAAUCCUUAGCAAUAUUUAAUGAAUCAUAUGAUUACCCUGAAACACAGUUUUACCGGUCUGCCAAGUGCAACGCUGCUUGGGUUUUAUGGUGUACGUCUCUCACGGACAUGUCUUAAAAGGGAAAUCCAAUCUUAAUAGCAAAAAACUCUAAAAGUAAGCAGAAGGAUCAGAGAAACAUACUGGUAAAAGUUUGAACAAAAUCUGACAUAAACUAAGGAAAUCGCGAAUUUGUUUGAAGUUUGUAAUCACUAUAAAUAUGGGAACUUUAAAUUGGCUGAAUCAAUGAUUUCACUGUGAUGUGGUGCCAGACAACUUUCCUAUUUUUUCAAACACCCAUGACUAAAAUUGAUUUUUCUUAUUUUUUUCUUCAAUAUGUAUGACUCGAGAUUGUCUUUACUUUUACCCUAUAAUAAUAUACUCUCCAUCAUACAUUUUGAGUAGGCAGUUGGGAAAAUUUUGUAUUCUGCAAAUGUGAAAAUUAUCCUUUACUAAGUCAUAUCCACUGACAAAAUUGCCAAUUCGAGAUACGCAUAGCUCUAGUGACAUAAUAUUUCAAACAUUCACAACUUUCAUAUUAUUGGUCCGAUUUAUUUCAAACCUUUGCCAUGCCAUUUCUCUGAUUGAUCUGCUUUCAUUCAAAUGAACUUAUUACAUGGUUUGGAUUGUCCUUUAAGUACGUGAUUCAGCAUAAGCCAGACACAGACCCAGACUUAACUUGAAUUUGACAUUGAUUCACCUUGAAAAAUGUUCGAAAUUGUAAAAUGAAAUGGCUUUUACUUUGAAAAAUAAUGUUUUUCCAUUAAAUGUGUGCUAUAACAUAUAGACUGAAGUACUUUAUUUCCUCCUCCACUGCUGCAUGUUAAGGGAAUCAUCAUAGACUUUUUUUCAACUCUUCUCAGUAUUGUGAACAUGUAUGAAAUGAACAUGUGCCAUAUCAAUCAACUACCCAUGUGCCAUAUAGCACUCUUCAUGAAAUUAAAGUCAACUCUGAGUCUGAUAAAUAUGUUUUGACCAAAAUUACAAAGUUUCUUUUUGCCAUGAUGCUUUCAGUCAAAACAUAUUGGAUUGUGUGUACAGUGUACAGUAUGAAGUGUAAAUAUUGGUCUUUUCCAGUGUCAAAAGGCAAAAAGAAUGAGAUAUAAUUUAUUUUUACUGUAUAUUUUAUGUUUGGUAGGUUUAUGUUUUGCUGAAAUUUUGAACACUUCCGAGUCGAGCCACUUCCUUAGCUCCAAAGCUGUGUUCUCAUGUAUUGGUAAACUGUCUGUCAAAAGGAUUUUAGAAUCAAAUACUGCUUUAAUACUCUGUGCCCUCUGUGUUACAAUAUAUAUAUCUUUUUGUGUCACACGCUGCACUUAAAAGAUUUUAAUCUGCCGUUAUUUCCUUUCCGGGCACUUUACCGUAGCAUGUAUAAAUGAGGCUUGCUAAACACAAACAUCAUUGAAGAAGGAUUGUAUGUGUUCCUGACAAUGUCUUAGUGUGCUUCUAGUAUCUAAAACAAAUACUGGAUUUUUUUUUUAUCUCCUAUAGUUCUUCUAAACCUUGAUGAAGUUAGCUUUAGUUUACUUUGUCCUGAUAAGGUGUUCUUCAAUGAAAUACAAGUAAAUAAAUAACACAAACUGAGCGAGGUCAUGCUGCUGCGAUUAGUGGCUUAAAUGCUAGUUCACUCAAAUGGCUUGUUUAUUGCACCCAUUGUGCUGAGGAUCUCAUCCCUGUUGCCACUGUGCUGUCCUUCAUAAUGCAUAACACAUACUAUCAAAGGUCAAACUGGGUUUACAUAGUAUCUUGAGUUCUGGAAAUGAUUAAAAAUAUAAAUUCAUGGCAUUCUCAGUUGUUGAUCUAAUAGCUUUGCAUAAAAACAAAAGAAAACCCAAACAGAUU